AUGGGGACAGGAGCCGGCCGCGUCUUCCUCCUCGCCUUGGUGCUGCUCUUCGCUCUGCAGACGACGCCGGCGUCGGCUGACAAGAAGGCAAUGCAUGAUGCCAUGAUGCUUCCUUUGUUAUCUCCUUUUUGCCUCCUCCCGUGUGUGAUCUUCUUCAGUGCUUUCCCGGCCUCCCUUAAUGCGCUGCUCGCUACAAUCACCGAUGACUUCACGAUCCUGCCGUACGACCUGCGGGCCAUCAGUGGGGUCGCGCUGCAGAUCGACGAGAGCUUCGUGCCGCUCCUCCGACAGCUCCCCGGCGUGAUAGCCGUGAUCCCGGACACCCUGUACAAGCCCCACACCACGCACUCGUGGGACUUCCUCGGGCUCGCCAGCAACGGCGGCGAGAUAACCCCCGCGUGGUCGUCUGCGAAGCUGGGCGUGGGCACCAUCAUCGGGGUCAUCGACACAGGCGUAUGGCCGGAAUCACAAAGCUUCCAAAACGAUACCAUGCCGGACGUCCCAUUGGGCCGUUGGCGCGGCACCUGCGAGAAAGGCAACGACCCGACCUUCCAGUGCAACAGGAAGCUGAUCGGCGCGAGGUUCUUCAGCGAGGGCAUCCAGGCGUCGGGCGCCCUGGGCGACGGAGGAGGCCAGCAGCAGCCGAGCCAGGCGGACCUGUCGUCGCCGCGGGACUACGUGGGGCACGGCACGCACACGAUGUCCACCGCGGGCGGCUCCUUCGUCCGGGGCGCCAGCGUGUUCGGCCACGGCAAGGGCACGGCCGCGGGCGGCUCGCCGGGCGCGCGCGUGGCCGCGUACAAGGCGUGCUACGAGCCGGGGUGCUCCGGCAUCGACAUCCUGGCGGCCAUCGUCGCGGCGGUGGCGGACGGCGUGCACGUCCUCUCCCUCUCCCUCGGCGCGCCGCCUGGCGACUACCUCACGGACCUGACCGCGAUCGGCGCGUUCUUCGCCGUCCAGAGCGGGGUCACCGUCGUCUGCUCCGCCGGCAACUCCGGCCCGCAGCCGAGCACGGCUACCAACCUUGCCCCCUGGAUCUUCACGGUCGGCGCAAGCACCAUGGACAGGGAUUUCCCAGCAUAUGUCAGCUUCAAUGGCGCCACCAUCCAGGGACAAAGUCUCGCAGACAGCACUCUGCCCAUUGGUCAGCCGUAUCAGAUUAUCAGCGGGGAGAAGGCCAACGCCGUGAACCAACCAACCGGCAACUCGUCGCUGUGCUUGCCCGGCUCUCUGGACCCUGACAAGGUGAAGGGCAAGAUUGUGGUCUGCGUCAGAGGGGUGAACGCCAGAGUGGAGAAGGGGUUUGUGGUCAAACAGGCGGGCGGCGUCGGUAUGGUCCUCUGCAACGACGCCAGCACCGGGGACACCGUCCUCGCCGACGCGCACGUCCUCGCGGCAGCUCACUGCGCCUAUUCGCAGUGCGUCCGGCUCUUCACCUACCUCCAGUCUACCAACAAUCCGUUGGGCUACAUCAACGCAACAGACGCGAGUUUUGGCGUAAAACCUGCGCCGAAGAUUGCAGCGUUCUCGUCCCGGGGGCCAAACGCCAUAACUCCUCAGAUCCUCAAGCCCGACAUCACAGCACCAGGUGUCAACGUAAUCGCCGCGUACAGCGGCGCGGUCUCACCAACGGAGCUCCCGUUCGAUGACCGGCGUGUCGCCUACAACAUAAUGUCCGGCACCUCCAUGUCGUGCCCCCACGUCUCCGGCAUCGUCGGCCUCCUCAAGACAAAGUACCCCUCUUGGAGCCCCGCCAUGAUCAAGUCGGCAAUCAUGACCACCGCGAACACCAUGGCCAACGACGGCAACCCGAUCCAAGACGAGGCCGGCGCCGUCGCCACGCCGUUCGGGUACGGUUCAGGCCACGUGGACCCCGUCAGGGCACUGGACCCCGGGCUGGUGUACGACACCACGCUGGUCGAUUACACCAACUUCCUCUGCUCACUGAAGCCCACGCAGACGACGCAGGACCCGAUCCCGAGCCUCCCGGUCGACCUCCCUAUGAUGGGCAGCGUCUCCCCACCCGUCACCAGCCUCCUGCUCCCACUGUUCAACGCCGCCGGCGAGCCGUGCAAGUGCAGCCAGGGCCCCUACGGCCGCCCCGAGGACUUGAACUACCCGUCCAUCGCCGUGCCGUGCCUGUCCGGCAGCGGCACCACGGUGAAGCGCCGCCUGAAGAACGUCGGCGGCGCGCCCAGCAAGUACAAGGUUACGGUCACGGAGCCCGCGGGGGUCAAGGUCACGGUAGCGCCGAGCGAACUGGACUUCGUCUGGGUCGGAGAGGAGAAGGAGUUCACGGUGAAGCUGGACAUGGACGUCAACGCCCCGGCGGCGGCUAAUGACUACGUGUUCGGUAGUAUUGUGUGGUCCGACGCGGACGCGGACGCGUCGGACGUGAACAAGGCGCGUCGCGUCCGGAGCCCCGUCGUGGUUAGGACCAAGUGCGGCUAG